AAAAUAUUAUGGCUAUUCUUAUCAAAGAAAGUGCAUUGGUGCUUGUUUUGAGUGCACUUCUCAUAUGCAUUGCUACUUUGUUUGUGGUUUAUUUUCGGAGGAUGAAAUGGAGUGCUCAAAUGAGCCACGUGAACAAGAGUAGUGUUCGUAUUCCCACAAACUGGCCGGUCAUCGGAAUGAUGCCGGCGUUAUUUCAAAACGUCGAUCGCGUCCACGACUACGUGACCGACCUCCUCGUACACAACGGGGGCACAUUUGAGUUUAGAGGGCCGUGGGUUGUCAACAUGCACAUGUUGGUCACCUGCGACCCUGCUAACAUCAACCACAUACUCUGCAAGAACUUCAAGAACUACCCGAAGGGGCCCCACUUCCAGAGAAUCUUCGACAUUCUAGGGGACGGAAUAAUCAACGUCGACUCCGAGCUGUGGGAGCUUCACCGAAAGACAACAAUGCCCCUGAUGAGCCAUCCCGAGUUUUCCCCUCUCCUGGUGAAAACGGUCUCCGAGAAGCUGGAGCGGGGACUUUUCCCCGUUCUGAUCUGGACAAGCACAUUGAGCUGGGAACUCCCUUCGGGCUGAAGGAGAUUUUCCGAAGGUUCGGUUUUGACAUCGGGUGCAUGCAGUUUCUAGACAAGGACCCGGGUAGCCUCGAACUCGACGAGAACGAAAGCCACCCGGUUUGCGAGGCGUUAAAGGCUGGUUUAAAUGCGAUUCUAUACAGACAUGUGCUCCCAGAGUGGUGUUGGAAGUUCCAAAAAUGGGUGCUUGGGGUUGAUAGAGAGAAGAGGCUGAGUGAAGCUUGGGAAUGUUUUGAUCAAUUCCUAAACCCCAUUAUUAUGCAAAAGAAACAACAACAAGAAGAAGAACAAUUUGGUGUGGAUAAUGAUGAAGAUGAAUCCAGCUUCAGCAUGUUGGGUUCUCACCUGAAUGCACACAAAGGAAAGAGUGACAAGUUCUUGAGAGACACUUUCUUGACCUUCAUGGUUGCAGGCUCAGAUACUACCAGUAUGUUACCUACGUUCCAUAAAUAGCACUUAAAUUGUUUUAUUCCCUAAAUAGCACUUAAUAAUGUCCAGAAGGAUAAAAAAUGUCCAGUGAUGAUGAACAUUUUCUUGAAUAAUGACUAAAAGUGCUACAUUGGGAAAAAUUACAUAUGAUGCUAUUUAGAGAAAUGUAUUACGGAGUAUGUUUUAGUGCUAUUUAAGUAAAUUCUCCUUUAAUUA